GGACUUCUCUCUCUCUUUCCUUUCAUACCACCACUCCAUCCUGGCGUAUUCAAACGGGAAAAUGCAGUUCUCGAGGACGGCGAAGAUCAUCACCCUCCUCGUCAUCGACACCGUCUUCUUUCUGGUCGAGCUUAUAAUCGGUUAUGCAGUCGGCUCGCUUGCGCUCAUUGCGGACUCGUUCCAUAUGCUUAAUGACGUUGUCAGCUUGGUUGUCGCGCUGUACGCAAUCAAGUUGGCCAAGAACAAGGCGUCGAACAAGUACUCGUAUGGCUGGCAUCGCGCAGAAGUACUAGCGGCGCUUGUGAACGGUGUCUUCCUGAUCGCACUGUGUUUCUCCAUCUUUUUGGAAGCUAUCCAGCGGUUCUUCAGCCAGCCGGAGAUCACCAACCCAAAACUAGUGGUUAUCGUUGGUUCCGUGGGCUUGUUGAGCAAUUUUGUUGGACUGUUCCUGUUCGGUGGUGAACACGGUCAUGACCACGGUGCUGGAGGCGAACAGGACGACCACGGACAUGAGCAUGAGCAUGGACACGAGCACGAGCACCAACAUGUUUCGGCACCUACCGAGCGUUCGCCUCUUGUCCACUAUGAAGGCUUGGCGGAGGCAACGCCCAUACGCCGCCGUACCAACUCUGCAUCUUCAACACCUAUCUAUACGCAUCCAGUAGUUGCCCAACGUGCAGCUGUGAUGGGAGAAGCUGAAGAGAUCGAGCGUGCAAAAUCGCCUUCUAGGCGAGGAAGCAUGAUGAGUCCCAGUGCUGCAAGCGUCGCUGCGUUCAAAAGGAGUCACUCCCCUGUGCAUGAGGGCGAUGAAUGUGACGAGGAGGAAGACAUUUCGAACGAGACCGCAAUUAUCGAUGACGUUCCUAUCCAGCCAACUGCCGACGGCGACGUCCACGCACACGACCACGAGCAUGCUCACAAACAUAACCACGACCAUCCCCACCCGCACGAUCACCCACAUGAUCACCCACACAAACACGGAAACGGGCACCCACACCGUCAUUCCAUCGCCGGAUCUGACUAUGAUCUCGAGCGUGGUGCCCACGACCAUUCCGCUUUCCAGAAGGAGAAGAAGAGCGGCGGGCACGGCCAUUCACACGGUAACAUGAACAUGCGUGCACUGUUGCUGCACGUGAUGGGCGACGCACUGGGCAACGUCGGCGUCAUCGUCGCAGGCCUGAUCAUCUGGCUCACCGACGUGCCACACAGGUUCUUCGCUGAUCCUAUCAUCUCCCUCAUCAUCACCUGCAUCAUCUUCUCGUCCGCCAUGCCUCUGUGUCGCAGCGCGUCUAUCAUCCUCCUUCAAGCCGUGCCACAGCAUAUCGACCUAGAUGACGUGCGUGACGCCGUGCUGAAAGUACCCGGCGUGCUUGCGAUCCACGAACUGCACGUCUGGCAACUAUCCGAGACCCGUGUGGUCGCCUCCGUACACAUCUGGGUGUCCAAAGCCAAGGAGUACAUGAAAGUCGCAAGCAAGAUCCGGAAGGUAUUCCACGAACACGGAAUCCACAGCUGCACGAUUCAGCCCGAGUUCCAUCCUGAGAUCGAGGCUACGGACGAAGCCAGGAUUAGGAGCGAGAUCGAUACAUCCUGCUUGAUCUCUUGUGGGCCUGGAGGUCCGUGUGAGGAUAACCUUUGCUGUCCGCCCAUCGCGCCUACUCUUAUCGACAUUUCCGUAGCAGCGGACAUAAUUCAACCUACAGAUACUGUUCACUCCCCAAGCGCCAGUCAUGACGCCCAUGGCCAUGACCAUGACCAUGACCAUGACCAUGAUGCACACGGCCACGAUCAUGACCACGCACACACAGGUCAGACUCCGCCUGUCUAAACUCUGCGUAGAGAGUGCUAUGUAUUCGUUCCCUACCCUGUUCAUUACGAAAUGUAAAGUAUACAGCAGUACAAUGGCAUGAUCUCCCCUAGUCGUUCAGG